UGGCCACGUACUAUGGCGAAAGCGAGAGCCUCGAGUUUACGGGAAACAUUUCUUGGGCCCGGGGGGCGGCCACCCAGAGAUCAACCCAUAUGCGGAUUCGAUGGUUCGCUCUGCCUCCUUGGAGCAUCGUGGCUGGGCUCUUGGCUCUGCUGGUUGUCGCCAUGGCCGUUGGCAGCGUCUUCAUUUACAGGCACUACAAAUUAGAGGCCGAUUUGGCGUCCAUGACUUGGAGGAUCUCUUGGGAGGACGUCGAGAUGACAGAGGACACCCAGAGAGGCAAAUUCGGAUCGAAGUUCUCUUUAGGAAAAAUCAGUAUUAAUAGUAACGCUUCGGUCGACUCCCUGGUGGACAACAGACAGGUUUUCAUCCGAACUGGUCGAUACAAGGGUGUCACCGUAGCUAUCAAGAGAAUAAACAAGGACAGGGUGGAAUUGUCAAGGCCUGUACUAAUACAGUUAAAGCGGAUGAAAGACCUCCAGUACGACCACUUGGUGCGAUUCAUUGGCGUGUGCCUGGAACCGAAGCCUUAUUGUGCUGUCUUUACGGAGUACUGCCCCAAAGGAUCUCUUCAGGACAUUCUGGAAAACGACGACAUGCAGCUCGAUUCCAUGUUCAAGAUGUCGCUCAUGCACGACAUUGUCAAGGGCAUGGCAUUCCUUCACUCGAGUGAACUACGCACUCAUGGCAACUUGAAAUCCAGUAAUUGCGUUGUGGAUUCGCGCUUCGUUCUCAAAAUCACAGAUUUCGGAUUCCACCAGGUGGGCGACAGAGGCAAAAGCUACCACCCGGAUUCAUACGCUUACUGGAGACGAAAACUGUGGACGGCACCUGAAAUCCUGAGAAACCCCAAUCCGCCUCCCGAAGGAACCCAAAGGGCCGACGUCUAUUCCUUCGCCAUCAUCGUCCAUGAGAUCAUCUACAGGAUGGGAGCUUUCUACGUCAAGAACGAAGAUCUGUCGCCCCAACAAAUUGUAGAGAACGUGAAGAAUGGGGGCUAUCCAGCCUUCCGCCCCACCGCAGAUGACCAAGUGGCCGAAGAGGAAGUGAUGCAGAUGAUGAAGAGGUGUUGGGCUGAAGAGCCCAUGGAGAGACCAGACUUCCAUCAGCUCAAGACUAUCAUCAGGAGGCUUAACAAGGACAAUGAGAGUGGAAACAUCCUGGACAACUUGCUGUCUCGCAUGGAACAAUACGCCAACAAUCUGGAGGCUCUGGUACAAGAGAGGACGGCUGAUUAUCUUGAGGAAAAGAGAAGAUGCGAGGAGGUUCUUUAUCAGCUCUUACCCAAGUCUGUUGCUAGCCAGUUAAUAGCUGGCAAAAGCGUCGUGGCAGAGACGUAUGACUGCGUUACCAUAUAUUUCAGUGAUAUUGUGGGAUUCACAGCACUGUCAGCUCAGUCAACUCCACUUCAGGUUGUGGAUCUCUUGAAUGAUCUGUACACACGAUUUGAUGCCAUCAUUGAGAACUUCGAUGUUUAUAAGGUGGAGACUAUUGGAGAUGCUUACAUGGUGGUGUCUGGGCUUCCAGUCAGAAAUGGCACUCUGCAUACAAGAGAGAUUGCUAGCAUGUCACUGGCACUUCUUAGGGAAGUGGAAACCUUCACUAUCCGACACAGGCCUGAAGAUAAGCUUAAGCUAAGAAUUGGUAUGCAUACAGGGCCCUGUGUGGCUGGUGUUGUAGGUUUGAAAAUGCCUAGAUACUGCCUCUUUGGUGACACAGUGAACACUGCCUCGCGUAUGGAGAGCAAUGGUCUACCUCUCAGGAUACACGUAUCACCAGCAACCUAUCAGAUGCUGUCCGAUUACUACCCGUCCUUCAAGCUUGAGUGUCGUGGUGAGGUUGAUAUGAAAGGAAAAGGUCGAGUAACAACAUACUGGUUGCUGGGAAUGUACGAAGAUACUGCUUAAACGUCGUCUCUUUCUCCUUCUCUCGUACUUUUCCUACCAUCAUUUCAAGCUCCCUGACUAUCAGCGUUUCAUCAUUGUCCGUGGGAUAUACUGAAGCAUUGCAAUCUAGCCACUACCCCAGGGACAGUAUGUACUUGGUGAUUUGAGAAGAGGAAAAGGGUUGUCCCAUAACAGAUAUAAAUCUGGCAAUGCUGCAUGCAGUCUGGAUGGAAUGGUACUAAACUCAGGACAGCCACAAUGCUGCUUAUAUAUAGCAUGCAGUCUGGAUGGACGGGUAUUGAACUCAAGGCAGCCACAAUGCUUAUAUAUAAACAACAAACUAUGGCCAGAUGUCCCCUGUAAAGCCAGUUACUUUUAUUCCUCUUCUCAAAAUCACCUUAAACAUGUAUGAUGUACUGAUAACAUGUAUGAUGUACUGACACAUCUUUGCAUCUUUAAAUGUAACAGAUUCAACUGUAAAAUAUUAGAUUGUAUAAAUGUAUAGAGAAUGUACAUUGUAGGCAAAUAUGAAGGUAGUUAUUGAUGUCUAAAUAUGAGAAUAUUAUGAAAUUUAUGUAAUAAUAUGUAUUAUUUCCUCUGCUGGAAAGCUCUUCUUUAAAGAUAAAAAAAAAUAUAAAAAUACUACUAUAUUAUAAUGGAGUGUUAAUAUUUUGUUGUUGAUUUACUAACAAUUUAAGAAGAAAUCUAUUUGGUCGAGAUACUGAGAUGUUUAAGAACAUGUAGGAUUAAAAAAAUCAAAGCCUUUCAAAGAAGGUUUAGAAAAUGGAAAAUAAUUCAGAUUUUAGUAGCACUGAAAAAUGCUACUCUCACAUCUUUUGAAAAUCUUAAGGUUUUUGCAGACUUAUAAAACUUGAUGAUAAAAUUAUUACAUUAUAUAUAAUUAUUUUAACAUUUUGAAAGUUGUAACAGUUAUGAAAAAAUUGUCACAAUUUAUGAAACUUUAGUCUGCAUAGUUCUUUCAAAAUGUUGAACCUUUUACAAACUUUGUGAUACAGAGCUUUUAUUAGAAUCCUUGAGAAACCCAAUGAUUAUAUUAAUUACCAAUUCCUCAUUACAGUGGUCCCCCCCAUAUUCGCGGGGGAUGCACACCAGCCAACCCCCCCUCCCCGUGAAUAGUUAGAACCCGCGAAUAGUAGUUGGAACCCCUAUAAAAAUGCUGAAAACAGCCUAUUUUGUUAGUUAAAACUCAAGAAAAACCCACUAAAAACUUUUAUGCUUGUUUUUUUAAAAUAGUUUCAUCACAAAAAGUGCAUUUUAUGAUGAAAUUGAUAAAAGAAAAAAAAACAGGAAUUUUUGGAUAUUUCUCAUACAAAAACCGCGAAUAUGCUAAUUUCCCGUGAAUAAUGCGGGGGAACGUUCCCGAGAGAAAUCAGCGAAUGUGCAAGUCCACGAAUCUGGAGAACGCGAAUACAGGGGUCCACUGUACUAGCAUAAUGAUAUAUAACACUAAAAGACUUAGAUUUUAAGUCUUCCAGUUUACAGAAACUUAAUACAUAUUCUUAAACUUUUCACAAACCUGAAAGCACAAUGCGUAUUACAGUUGAGCCUAAUUGUACCAAUAAAAUUAUGGAGGAAUCUUAAGCAAUACCAUUUUAGAGAAUACAUAUUAUGAUUUUACUCCUUGAAGAUUACUGUUGUAUGAAUGACAGACCCUGAGUGUAAAUGCAAAUGCUUCCGAAUGCUUUGCUUUAAUUGAUGUUGGUCUGUGAAAGACAUCUCCCACUCUUGGGCUAUAAAAUUAAAUGAUGAACUUUUGUACAAAGAUUGUUAGUUAAUGAGUUUCCCUUGUUUUAAGGAGUUGGAGAACAAGAUGCCAUCUUUUCAGCUUGAACCAUUGACUGAUAAAUGUCAUAAUGGUAAGGAUUCACCAGGUGCAACACCACUAGUUCUGUCACAAGUAGUGCUGUACCUCAAGAAUUGUUGGCAGUUAUGAAUUCAAAUUUAAAAUGAAACUUGUGAACUAAUGCUUUUUUUUUUUGGUGUAAUCUGAACUACUGUUUUAAAUGGAAUGCUUUAACAAUUAUUUCGCAAUGCUAUCAGUAAUCUUUUUGUGAAUAUAUGUACGCAUUAGGAAACUAUAAAAACUUGGGUAUUUUAUAUUUCAAUUCUUUUCCUAUUAUUAAAAAUGCAAAAUGACUCAACUGUGGCUCCUUAGAAUAAGCUAGGAAGGUCUUUAUAGCAGAAAGAAUGUACUGAUAAAAUACUGAGUGCUCUGAGGAACUAUGUAAUGAUUAUAAUAAGUGUGUGAAUGUUCCUCUCUCAGCAUUUAGCAAUGUUCUGUGCCAACUGAGGUCAGUGAAUUACAAAGAUUCCACAUAUUUCAUUAAAUGCAGAAUUGCAGAUCUAGUUUUUAAGUGUACAUAUUCACAUUGCUCAUAAGACUUUUCAAAUAGUGUUUUUAUAAAAAGAGUUUCAGAUAUGUACCUAGAUAUAAAGCACCAUGCUACUUGCUCACAUUUACCUUUCCCAAAGCGUUUGCUUUUAGAAUGCAUGGAUGCUAAAAGUAUUUUAUGAGUAUGUCAAGUUUUGUAAUUUAUCAAUUUGAAGUGUGAGUGGUAAGUAAAUGUUUGAUAGUUUUCAUUCAAGUGCUGGGAAAGCAUGUAAGGGCUACAGAGUACCAUAGUAAUAUGUAGUAAUGUUCAUUGUUCGUGGUAGUGACCAUUAUGAUGAUAUGUAUUCUGGGUGUAUUUCUUGACCAAGUUUAAAAAAAUUUAUAAGAAUUAACAACUUCAAUGCUAUGGAAGUAUAUAUAGAUCUGUCAAAAGCAUGGAUAAGAAUUUUACUGGACAUUCCAUUACUUUUUAAUGUUAAGAUGUUUGUAGGUUUCUAAUCUUUUAAGUUUAAAUAAUCCUAUCAUGUUGUGGGAAAUGACAAGGAUUACUCUUUAUAAACCAAUGGUACCUCAAGGGUAACAUUUUGGUUUUUGGGUAAACCCUUAUUUUUUUAUAAAGCCAAUCAUAACUCAUUACUUCUUGAUCAAGAUUAGAAUUGUUUUCUCCUAGUACUAUUGAUAAAAACAAACCCGGGCAUCAAAGUUUUCGUUGAUUUAAUGAAACUUAGUAACAAAUGAACAGAUGAAAUUUGGGACAUACAGCUCGGGACUGGGGCCAAGGUCAUCCUCAAGUGUUAUCAUAAGAAAGAAAUGAAUGAAAUAUUAUAAAAAAAAUUGGGUAUUAAAACUAACACAAACACACACACAUACUAAAAGAUUAAGUUAUGUAUAAUAAAUAAUUUGUACAUUUAGCAACAUAGUAUAUAUAUAAAAAAUACAUUUGAAUUUUAAAAAUAAAAAUUUCUCCAGAAAGGCAAUAAAGGGCUCUAGCAAAACAAUUUUACUUCUGAGGUAUGGGCAAUACAUCUUUACAUUUAAAGAGUGCAAAAGAGGUAGGUGUUCUCUUUUCCUGUCAGUAAUAUAAGUAAAAAAGCAUUAGGGAUACGAGCGUCAGCCUGCAAGUUGAAUACAAAAUCAAAUGCUUAAGCUAUUUCACCCAAAUAAGGAUCAGACAUAGUUACUCUCCCAUAAAUGUCUUUUGAAGGUAACAGAGCACCAAUACGCUCAUUGUUACUUAUUACUGUUAUUUGAGCAUGUUCUGUUGAGCUAGUAAAACAAUGAACGGCACUACUACAAGAUUUUGAUAAUGGAGACAUAUAGGUAUUCUCCUACUUAUGAUGGGGUUAGGUUCCAAAAUAAAACAUUGUUUGCUGGAAAAAUCAUAACUUGAAUACAGCCUAUAAUUCAGUACAAAGAGAAAUUGAAUAACAUAACAAGAGUUAACCUAGCAUACAAUAUGGUUUAUCUUAUACAUAGUAGUAUACGGUAGCCUAGCCUACAGUAUACUCUAUACAUAUAUGGUAUAGUAACUAUUCAUAUCAGCUAAUUCUAGAGGUUCAAUGCAUUCUGACGUAUGAUAAUUCAGUACAAAAAGAAAUUGAAUAACAUGAAACAAAAAUCAGACGUGUACUGUAAGGCCUGUCCACACGUGCGGGCCUGAUCGGCGUGCUCCGGGGUUGACGGGCAAAUUCUGGCGGGAUUACCCGUGAGUGUUGUCCACACGGGUGAGGCGAUGGAGAGGUGGGUGUGCCCGACGAUGCCAGUAGUGUGUUCAGUGCGGUAUGAUAAACAUUGUGCCUACCGCAAAGAAGAUAUUGUGUAGCAUGAUAAUUUCUUUGUUUGUGAUGAAAAAGAAGAAAAAGAAGGGAAUAUGGUGCAAAGAAUGGCUCAGUAAAAGAUAUGUAUAUGGUUAACGUAUGUCUGCCAGGGUCGAAGCUCAAGCCAUCGGGCACCACCAAGGUGAUUUUGCUACAAGACACAUCGGGCAAUUUGACGGUUUGCCCAUCAAGUGUGCCCGUUAGUGGGGAGGUCCGCCGAUCAGGCCCGGUCGUGUGGAAAAAAGCUGAUGGCAAAUGAGAGUUUAUUUCACCAUAUUUAACUCAAUUCUUAACCAAUUUCUUGUCGUAUUGAUAGCAUUAAUGAAUAGCUGGACAGUACUUAUUUAUUUAUGGGACAAGGUUAUUUUUUUAUACAAAGCGUUUUUAAGUUGAAAUUUGACUAGAAUAUGUCUCGUUGUAAACUAAAUUAUUUAUUUUCAUUAAUAGAUUGCGUUGGGGCAUGUUUAUUGUGUAAAAAAAAUUAAGUGAUCAUGUUUGUGUAAGAAAAUAUAAAGUGAUUUCCUUAACUAUUUUCACAGGAUUUCUUCGUAACACGAGCUUUAUGAAUUUAUCUUUUAUCGGCGUGAAAACAACAGUAAAAUGUGUUCUUUCAUGCCCAGUAGUUUUGAUUAAAAUACUUUUCUCUCAAAUUUUAUCUAUACGUAGUUGUGUCUGAUGGCAUAUCAAUGUUUAUGGGAGUUUCCUAGUUGCCGAUGUACGAUAAUUUAUAGUCAUUAGCCGCUUGAACAUUGUUUUUUCAGCUUCAGCUACAACUUUGUUUAAAAUUAGCAGUAUAUUUCCUUGCUGAUCUUUUAUCUAUAGUCCUAUCUACAUAACGUCAAUUAUAUAACAUAACUACAGUACGUGUAUUGCUGACUAUCAUACAGUGGUUGAAAAAGAAGCAAAAUGGAUGUUGUUAUCCGAUUUGGUUGUACUUAGCAAAAAGUUGUCUCAUUCAGUGGUUUAUGGCUGUACACAUUUAUGCAAUGAUUAUAACGUUAGUAACAAUAUUUUUAUCAUUCUCUCUUACUUUUUUAACUAAGAUUUAACUAGAAGAUGGGAUAGAGGUGGAGGUAGAGAAGUUAGUUUAUUGUAAUUUGAUAUCUCUCACUGUCUGACUGUAUGAUGCUGCCUGCACCCGUUACAAGUGAUAUUUUUAAAUAUUUUCAAAAUAUUGUCAUAUCGGUAUCAUAUUGCUAACCCCAUCGUAAAAUCGGAUUAUCGCAAGGCGAAUAUUUUAACUCAAACACUACCUGUAGUAAUUGGUGGCCUUUACAAGCCCAACCAGCUUUCAUUUAGUAUACUACUACCUAUACUUACAUAGUACUAAGUUAUUCAAAAUUAUACAAAGGCAAUUCUUUGAAGUAGGGGAAUGCUCACCUUAAGUAAGGCAACACCUGUUAACAGGAGAUACUGACCUACAGGGUCACAUUAUUCGGAAUACUUUCUUUUUGUCCUAACAAUUUCAUUCAGUUUGGUCAUGUAACUUCAAAGCACGGGCUAGGCCUACUUUUAAAUUUCAUAACUCUGAUGAGCAGAUACCCAAUAUGUAGUGUUCAAGCAGAAAUUUGAAAGAAUCAAUGACGUAGUGGUGUUGCUCCAAACUAGUUUCUAACUGCCUAACCAUGAGAAUAUCCAUUGAAUCUUUCCAUUUCUUAAAAGUUGUGAAGAUUUUGCUAAAACUGCUUUUGGUAUGUGUGUGUGUGUGUGUGUUACAAGUCCAUGAUGGAUAACUGUUGCAAUAUUUCCAGCUGGAGUAGAUUUGAAGUUGGGUCAGUAAAGCUUGCCAUGUUAGAUUGAUUUUACCAUGACAUUUAUGUUCUACAGCAGGAUGUUGCCAAUACCCUUAACGAGACAUUCAGAGGCUCUUGCGAUGUUAAACCAUCUCCUUUGUAUGAAUUAAUGUGCCAUUUCAUAUCAAAGUUGGAGCAAUCUUGCAAAAGAUUUAUCGGAAAAAUCCAUGACCUUAACUUUGCACUCAAGGUGUGCAUUCUUUUCCUGAGCAUCAUUAAAAGCUUAAAUCUACAGCAGCAUUGUCUAACAAAGUAAUGUACGCUCCUAAGUAUUUCAAGCUUAAUCCUUUGUACUAGGAAAAGGUUUCAUAUCAAAUAAGGUUUCAUACUCUAAUAAUUAGACUUUGAAUAGAAUUGCAACAGUACACAUUUUCAUUUCAACCACCACAGGCCCGUACUGAGUUUUAGAGGGGGAGGGUCUUUUUUCCCAAAACUGGACCUUUUCUUCUAUACAAGUCAUUGCAUACAUAGGUAUAAUCAUAUUCCUUUUAUCACUCUUGUAUUUCCUACUACUAAAGAAUGUUAAUAUUUAAUAAGAGAAUUUAUAAGAAAAAAAACUUGCCAAAAAAAAAGAUUGUUAUUUAUUACUUUGUAAGUAUAGUUCUAUGAAAAGGAGUUACAAAAUAUGAACUUUGUUUUUUUUUUUUUUUUUUUUUUUUUUUUUUUUUGGGGGGGGCGGCCUUUGACACCCCUCAGUACAGGCCUGCGCCAGUAAAUUUAUCACCCUGUUCUCCUAGUGAUCUGCUUGACAACAGUAGGAGGGGGAGGGGGCAUCCUGUAGAUCCAGGGAGAUGGUUUCACUUGUAGACAAUUACAAACUAAAAAGUUUCACUUGUAGACAAGUACAAAUUAAAAAUAUAAAUAUCGCCUGAGAACAUCGAGAAAGUUCUUUAGUUGUUCAUGAAAUUCAAAAGGUCUGCAAUUAUGGGAUACUACAAAAAUAGAAACACAGUCUCAAGUUAAACCCUGCCUAUUAAGGCUGAGACAAAUAAACAUGGAAUCAUCCUUCCUUUAUCUAUAAUGUUGGCCUUCAGGAUUAAUUAAGGCCUGAAUCCUAACCCAAGGAUCAGUUCUCAGUGAAUUCUGAUAACCAAGCUCUUAAGACUGGUUCCACCAAUGAGGUUCAACCAUCUUCAGAGUGGCUGAUGUCACCAAAAGUUUUCACAACUUUUCACAACUUGUUCUAAUUUGCAAACACUUUUCAAACCACAAUUAAUUCUCCCAUCCAUCUCGGCAAGAAAGUUUUUAACAGAUUUUGGGAUGAAAUUUACAUCAAAUUGUACUUGCUAUAAAGCACUUGAAAUCUGAAGGCAACAAGAUGGAAGGAAGCGUCUGGAGGAGAAUUACUGUAUGUAUAUGAUUAGGGUAAAAAUGUAGGACAAUUAGAUUGGAACCUAAGAAUGAAUUCCAAGAAGGUUUGAGGGCACGAACUUUCUUGAAAUACAUUUCUUAAGUUUCAGUCUACAUACUUGUCUUGAGUUUAAGGGAGUCACUGGCUUGGUUAUGUCAUUAGCAUCGGCUUGGACACACAUGCAAGACUAUUCUGCCCAAAUAUCUUACCGAAAGCUAAAAUCUGACUAUGCAAAGGAAUAGCUUGUUUAUUCACCAGGCUAUUCAUGCACCUUCCUAGUCCAAAGUUCAGAGAAAUCUUUUAACAUUCCAUAGCUUUAAAAACAAAUGCAUCAUUUGAAUCAUGAUGAAAUUAAAACACUGCUGACCAAAGACCAUUGUGUCAGAAACUUCCCUAUCCUUUGCAUUAGUUUUAUUGAAAAAGUAUUGAAAUGUGUGGAGGUUUCAUUUUCCACGUUGAGUUCAGUAAGCUGCAGAACCUCUAAGAUUUUUGUUUGCCAGUUAUCAUAAUGGUUCAUGUUUAUCCUGUUUUCUCAGUAAAUUCUUGGCAUUGAUUGCUGUGAGGGUGACAUAACAGAUUCAUGAAAGUAAGUUUACCCUUAUGCCUGUGCAAUGGCUAAUGACUGCAAAGUUUAAAUUUUUAAGAUGCAUUACAUCAUUUUGUAUCAAUCCUUUAGUUCUAUAUAUUUUAUACCUACAUCUACCCUUAGUUCUAUAUAUUUUAUACGCACAUCGAUAAUCAUGUUUUAUAUAACAAAUAUCAUUUAUGCCAGUCAAUUAUAAACUCAUAUGUUUACCUUCAUGUUCUUUGGUGUGAAAUUAGGAACUAGAAUAGUUUUCAUCGCAACACUCCACUCAAGCGAAUUCAUUGAAAUUGAAAAAUAUAAAAUAACAAGGAAUAUUUUACUUUUCUUUAAACUGUACAUAUAUUGCUGUCUCCUACAUUCUGUACAUAGCUUAGUGGCAGCACCAAUGAGCAAGUAUUAGAGAUCAAUAAUAUUGUAUUUAUGACUGCUUACCAAGUAUAUCUUUUGAUAUUUAUGAUGUUAGAUUAAAAUAAACCUUAAUUUAUUU